AUGUAUCACUGCCAACCCUGCGAUCGUUGGUUCAAUAAUGAGCAUGCUUACGAUCAACACAUCGACAACAGCCCAGCGCACAAUUUCCGUGGCAGUCGAUAUGAGUGUAGCGUCUGUGAUCGUGGUUUCUCGACUGAGUACUCCCUUCAUCAACAUUCCUCCACGGCAAGCGGUCAUCCGUAUUGCAUCCCCUGCAAACGCAUGUUCAUGAACCAGAAUAACCUGAACCAACAUAUGCAUUCCAGGACCCAUGUUGGUAGCCAAAUCCAGUGCCCGUUCUGUAGGACCGGCUAUGCUACUGCAUCUGGCGUGACGAUCCAGCUCGAAUCCGGCAAUUGUCCCCAAGCCAACAUCGAUCGCCAUGGAAUUAACAGAAUGAUCCGCCGACUCGACACCAACCACGUCAUCACCAGACGUCUCCUCACGUACGGUGACACCGAUCCCGUUGAGUACAUCGCAACGGAACGUUCCUGGAACGGACAUGCCUUCCAAUGCGUCCUCUGUACCCGCCAAUUCGGUGCUCUUCAUAGCCUUAACACACACAUGAAGAGUCCUGUACAUGAGCAGAAUCUGUAUCAUUGCCCUGGUCGAAAUUGUGCUCGCGAGUACAAGUUGUUGAGUGGGUUGGUGCAGCAUGUUGAGAGUGAGAGUUGUGGGGUCAUGAGAUUUGCUGCUGUGCAGCAGCAAGCUAGGAAUGGUAUUGAGAAUAUGGUGGGUCGCAUGAUCCAAGGAGCUUAA